CCCACCCACACCAGAGAAAAUCAGUCAACGGGAGGCGGGGAGGGAAGGGGAUCGAAGAGUAGGCGGAACCUUGGUGCGGAGGCCGUGUUUCCGUCCGUCCGGGUUCCCUCACUGUACGUACAGCCCGGCAGCGAUUUGCCACGUCUGUGAGCGGCGAAGAGAGCGGUUGUUGAAGCGCAGUCGCCCGGCCUGGGGACACUUCUCCACACCCUUUGCCGUCGUGAUGGUGUCUGUAAUCAAUACAGUGGACACUUCCCAUGAGGAUAUGAUACAUGAUGCUCAGAUGGAUUAUUAUGGAACACGGCUGGCAACCUGCUCCUCAGACAGAUCAGUCAAAAUAUUUGAUGUAAGGAAUGGAGGGCAAAUUCUCAUAGCUGACUUAAGAGGGCAUGAAGGCCCAGUGUGGCAAGUUGCCUGGGCUCAUCCUAUGUAUGGAAACAUCUUGGCUUCCUGUUCCUAUGACAGGAAAGUUAUUAUUUGGAAAGAAGAGAAUGGUACCUGGGAAAAGACAUAUGAAUAUACGGGGCAUGAUUCCUCAGUGAAUUCCGUAUGUUGGGCACCACAAGACUAUGGAUUGAUCCUGGCUUGUGGCAGUUCUGAUGGGGCCAUCUCUCUGUUGAGCUACACUGGUGAUGGACAGUGGGAAGUGAAAAAAAUCAGCAAUGCACACACUAUUGGCUGCAAUGCUGUGAGCUGGGCCCCUGCGGUUGUACCAGGAAGCCUUAUAGACCAGCCGUCAAGCCAAAAGCCAAACUACAUCAAGCGUUUUGCCUCAGGUGGCUGUGAUAACCUGAUCAAGAUCUGGAAAGAAGAAGAUGGCCAGUGGAAAGAAGAACAGAAAUUAGAAGCUCACAGUGAUUGGGUUAGAGAUGUUGCCUGGGCUCCCUCCAUAGGCUUGCCAACAAGCACUAUUGCCAGCUGCUCACAGGAUGGCAGAGUGUUUAUCUGGAUGUGUGAUGAUGCCUCAGGAAACUCCUGGUCACCCAAAUUGCUACACAAGUUUAAUGAUGUGGUUUGGCAUGUUAGUUGGUCCAUUACUGCAAAUAUUCUUGCAGUGUCUGGAGGAGACAACAAAGUAACUUUGUGGAAAGAAUCUGUAGAUGGACAAUGGGCAUGCAUCAGUGAUGUAAAUAAGGGCCAAGGAGCAGUGUCUGCUAUUACAGAAGGGCAGCAGAAUGAACAGUGACAAAUGGAUGAACAAGACUUCAGAAUUUUCAGUUCAAACAAACAAACAAACAUGUGUUUUUGGUUUUUUAAGUACUUUCCUAUAAAGCCAGAUUUACUGAAUUUGGAACAAACAAAAAUCACUUCUCAAGAAAGUUUUGUAACUACUUUGUCACAAUCUAUACCAUAGCACCUUGCCUUAGGUGAUACUUUUUAAAAUUUAAGGCAAAUUGUGCAUGACAAGGUAUUGAUCACUAUAUUGCUCUUACUUUAAUUAUUUUUAUUUUUUUGAAUAUGAAUUUGUUUUCUUAUUGUGGAGAACUUUCAUAAACCUUCGGUUAACUCGUGAUUGUAUGAAGAGGAGAGGUUACAUCCCUACAGCUCAAUACUUCUCAGAACAUGUUUUUUUUAAAAA